AUGCCAGAGAUUGGCUUGGGCGAGUCCAUUCCUCCCGACACGGCACAUGCCGUCAGUGUCUCUUUGCCAACAUGGAAAGCAAAUGUCGGAUACGAAGAGGGCGAGGACUGGGUUGUGAACCGUAUGACGACGGGCUACCCUCGAUUCUUUGUCCAUAAAGGUAUCCAGGCUUUCGCCAAAGACAUUGUUGAUCGCUAUGGCAGUCCUGGUCAACAGGCCAUGCUCUUCCCUACACCGCGAGUGGCAAGCCGCUGUCAAGACUUCAUCCUCCAGCGAAUCUCUCCUGAGCUGGCGAGUCAGGUCCGCAUCAUUGACUUCACUCUGGACAAGUCAAAGGAGCUCUCGCCUGUGCUCAAGAAGCUCACGUCCACCAUCUCAGCUGUGGUUUACCCCUCUGAGGUAUUUCCUAUCGCCAAGCAGUACUGGCAGCACACUGGCGAGGGUACGUCCAGUAGACGUGCUGAGUUCUGCCACGGCCUAUUCAGAGAUGACCUCCUCAUCCCAGCUGCUCGGUCACGGACUCCUCCUGAAGCCUCGCAAGGCAGACCUUUCCGCGGCCCAAGGCGCUAUACUCGCCCAGGCUCAAUCGAUGGUGUCUCUUCUCCGGCCCCUUCGACACCCAAGCAACCUUCGCCCGAGACUCCUGUUGAGUCUCUCGAGAGCUCACGUUUCCUUGAAGAGCGCUUCGGUAGAAACCUCGACUUGUCCAUGGUUGAGCGUGCCAAGUCUGCUAUCCGUAGACGUAUCGCUGGAGCCAUGGCUCAUGACGUCGAUCUGAACAACGGCCCUCUACCUGCCAUGACAUCCAACACUCGCGGCAUGCCCAACCUUGAGGAGAACGACGUCUACCUUUACCCUGCCGGCAUGAACGCCAUUUUUAAUGCCCACCGUGCGCUCCUUCACGCAAGAGAGCCAGCGCAGAGUAUCAACUUUGGUUUCCCUUACGUGGACACACUCAAGAUUCUGCAGAAGUUUGGCCCUGGAUGUCUCUUUUACGGACACGCCUCUGCAGAAGACCUCGAUGAUCUCGAGGCUCGACUCAAGAACGGCGAGCGGUUCCUCGGCCUCUUCUGCGAGUUCCCUGGAAACCCUCUGCUGACAUGUCCUGACCUCACUCGCAUCCGCAAACUGGCAGAUGAAUACGACUUCGCAGUCGUUGUCGACGAGACAAUUGGCACAUUUGCCAACAUCAACGUCCUCCCUGUUGCAGACGUAGUCGUCAGCAGUCUCACCAAGAUCUUCUCGGGCGACUCUAAUGUCAUGGGUGGAGGGCUUGUUCUCAACCCUGAUAGUAAGAAUUACCACACACUCAAGGCCACCAUGAACGAAAUAUACGAAGACAACUACUGGCCCGAGGAUGUCAUCUUCAUGGAGAGGAACAGUCGCGACUUUGAGUCUCGAGUAGUCCGCAUCAACGCGAAUUCGGAUGCUAUCUGCGAAGUGCUACGAACACACCCCCUUGUUAAGAGCAUUUACUACCCCAAGUACAAUGACUCCAAGUCUCACUACGAAAAGGUCCGUCUACCGGAUGGCGGAUACGGCGGUCUACUUUCCGUUGUAUUUCAGCAAAAGGAGCAUGCUCAGGCCUUCUUUGACGCAUUGCCUCUUGCAAAGGGACCAAGUCUGGGAACAAAUUUCACCUUGGCUUCACCGUAUGUUCUCCUUGCCCACUACCAGGAACUGGAUUGGGCUGAGCAGUUUGGUGUUGAUCCCUAUCUUGUUCGCGUGAGCGUCGGUUUAGAGGAGACCACUGAACUUCAAGACACUUUUACAAAUGCCUUGAAGGCGGCUGAGGCUGUGUCGGUUACGAGCUGA